ACUAGCUUUCAUUCAGAUCUCAACCAACAUACAAGAGCUUUAACUUUACUUUUACAUAAACCAGACGCUAGAGAUAGAUCAUGAAACUGAUUUGUUUGGUCUUGCUUAUAGCAUCUGCAAACUCUUUUAUAUCAGUUCGGAACAUGAACUAUAUGGACAAGUUUGAGCAUGAUCCUAAAGAAAUGAGGGAUCUUUACCACAUUCCAUAUCAGGGACGUACUCGGUACGGGAAUUCUUUACGGACUGGGAAACCAGUUUGGGGAAAAGCAGCGAGGAACAAUAACAGACUUGCUAUUGUUAGAAAGCUAAGAAGUGAUCUAGAGGCAAACCAGGACCAGCAACUGAUAGACAGGGUUCUGCAAAAACUUAGUCUAGUGUUAUAAGAGACCAGCCAAGAAAUGGAUUUUCCUAAAGUAAGAAGACGACAUUUGAAAGCAGCCCCGCACCCAACACUUAUGUGUAUUGUUUUGACUCUUGUGAAAGUUUAGACGUUAGAAAUAAAUUUUUGAUAUUCUCUGAUAAA